AUGGCACAGUGUGUCUGUAUUAUUCCAGAACGUGACAGAAAAGCGAACAAACUGUGCAGCGACCAUCAUGAGGCAGCAAGGUGCACGAACGAACUUGUGCGCAAAAUGGAGGUGGCACUGGAGCACAAUGACGAGUGUGGCUGUGGUGUCACGUGUGGGUGUGGGGUGGUAGUUGGUGUGGUUUGUGGAGGGGUUAUGUUACGCUCCGUAGAGUGGAGUUGCAAAGAGUCUGGACAUGAUGUCGGCCCGGAUGUGUUCGGUCGUGCCGUGGUCGACUUGGGUGUUGGUGAAGAAGUUGCGGAGGGAAAGGAGAAGGAGGAGGGGGAGGAGUGUGUUGGUGUGGCGGUUGGUACUGCAGCAGAGCCUGGUGCAACCUCUGAUAUGUCUUCAAGUGAUGCCAAAUGGCUUAUCUACGCUCACUCUCUUUGUUGA